AUGUCUCAACAAAACAACAUACCAAGUAGAGGUAUAUUCUCACGUGUAUAUCUGAGCGCCAGGAAUUAUUUGAAUGGAUUUAGCACGAGAAAUGCUAAUGAUACAAAUAAUUCUUUGCGUAAUGAUAAUCAGGUUAAGAAUAAGAUCUAUAAACCACAAACUAAAAAGGCAAGUCAAUUAUCGAAUCACAUACAAGAUUUAGAAGAUAAUACAUAUACUUCUAGGGGUCUGUCACAUGAUAGCUUGAUUUCAGAAUCAUCUAUUGAUAAUUCAUCACAAAAUCUACAAGAUGUAACUAUAGAUAAUUUAGAUACGGCUUUAAAGAUCAGAGAGAAAUUGUAUCCAAAACAUCAAAGGACCAAACCAAAUAAAUCUAAAUCAUCACCAUUGAAAAUAGUACUGCCUAAAAAAGCAAAGGAUACUAAUCAACUGGUUGAAUCCAAUGUUAAGCUUAUUCCAAGAAAAGAUGCAAAUAAUAAUAACUCAGUUAUUUUUAGUCAAGUACCUAUACUACAGGAAAUUCUUGAACUGGAUGAUGAAUCUGAACAGGAACCAGACGUAGAAUCAGACAUAAAAUUGAACACAAGACUCACUGCUUCACCUAUACUAGAUAAUCUUUCUUCCGAAAGAAUUGAAAUCGAUCUAAUAUCUGAUUCUGAUUCUGGUUCUCAUUCAGAUGCAUUAUCACAAAAUGAAGAUAACGACACAGUCUUGGAUUCUAUUGAGGUUACACUGAGUACAACUCAACGUGAGAAUUCUCCUUCAGUUCGUCGCAAAGCUCCCGCUAUAAUUCUAUCUGAAUCAAGCUCAAGUUUAAGUAUAAGCUCAGACAUAGGUGAGCUAUUUAAAUUAAAUGAAUUGUCAACCCCAACUCAAAAGGUGAAAGUUAAAAAAUCACCUGCUGUUAGAGAGUCUGGAUUUCUGGUUUCCAAGGAGCCAGUAGCAUCAAACGAAGAAGAUACAUUCAGUUUACAAUCAUCACAAAAACCUAUUGCAAAAUCUAUAAUUCCAAAACUGAGCUCUUCAUCUCAGUCUCCUAAUAUCGUCGCAACUUCAAAACCAAAACCACAAGGUGUAUUUAUUUCGACUAGGCGCAGACUUGUUCAGCUGUCUCCUCAGCCACUUACAAGAACGUUUACUCAACUGGUUGCAAGAACGUCUCCUCAACCGGUCACAAGAACUACACCUCUUACAACAGACUCAGCAAUUGGAGUUACUCCCAUAGAUAAGCCAAGCUCAAAUGAAUCUGAAAAGCUGAUUUCUAAAGUUAACUCUGUAAUAACAACUAAACCUUAUUCGAAUCCUUCAACUCCAAAGUCUCCAAUAAAAACUGCAUCUUCAUUAGAAAUUCAAGAUUCAAAGAACAAAUCCCCUAGUCAUAAAUCACCUAUUGCUCGAGAUGCAUCUCCAUCAGACAGAUUUAUACUAUCAAGUCAACUGUCAAGAACGCAGCUCCACAAACCAGUUGCUUUAAAGCAAAGUAAUUUAUUUAUUCCAAAUAAAUCAAGAUAUGUGGUUGAAAGUAAGAAUAAAGAAUCAUCUGAUGGCUCAAAAUCAAAUUCCGAUUUGCAAAAUAGUUCAUCAACACGUCGUAGAGUUAAAUCAGCUGAAUUAUUUGUCCCAGAGUCAUCCGAAUCAGUACCUUCAGAUUCAGAAGAUUACAUAAGUAAUGAGAGCCUCGUGUCAAGUAGUGAUGGUCAUAAUUCGACUUCAAACAACAUUGAAUCAGAACAAUUAUUUGUUCCGGAAGAAGUUCCAAAGGUAACUAAUUUUGAAUCUUUGAAAAAUUCAAUGGGGUUCAGUAUUUCAAGUGAACAGGCAUCAGUGGCCAAUCAAAUAUUACAAAUGCAUGCAAAUGGUGCCUCUUUAGAUGAUCUUGAGAGAACGAUAAAUCAAAAAUAUGGAAGUCCUACAUCCAAUUUAACCAAGACCAAUACUCCUAGUCGAAAUUAUCCAAAUAUUUUAAUUUCAAUUAUGAAUUCUAAGAACAGUACACCAACCGUCAUGAAAGCAAGGCAGCAUUUACUAAAUUUAGAAAAUAACGCUAGUUCAUAUGAUCAUUUCGUCCGCGAGCCAUUACAUGCAGAGAGUCAUGCAGAAGAUAAAGCUGAAAUAAAUCCUCCUAGUUCAAAGACAAUAAAUCGAGAUCGAGAUUUGAUUGUUCCACUUGUGGAUGCAGAUUCAGAUCAAAAUGUCAACGAUGAUUCAAGAUCGAGGAAACGUAAACGUUCACCAAUACGAAAUUCAACUUCACUGAAUAAAACAGUACAUGAUAAAGCAGUUGCAAAAUCUUUGAAAAUGCCGCAUAACAAAUUAAAUAAAAAAAAUGUUCAAAUUACAAAGAGUUCAAUACGAGUAAUGAAUUCUGAUAGUAGUGAUGAAGAUAAUAUCACAAGUACAAGAGCUCAUUAA